CCAAUACAGAGGCUCCUUAUCGACAGCUGAAGUUUAUUACACACUGUCAUGCUAAGCCGGAAUGGGGAUUUUAGUCCUGCCCUUUCAAAUUAGGCGGGAAUGCUUUGACAAGUGUUCCCGCCGCUUCGCCUUGAAUCGUUGUGGCUAAACUUAGAGCGUCCGGCUGAUGCCUUGAGGAAUCGAUUUUAUCCAUUGUGACUUGACAAUGUAUUCUUCCUCGUCAACUCUCAUUGCUGCUGUGUGUAUUCUUUUCUCUCUCUCUCAUUGACGUGUUUGGUUCUGAUACGUCAUUUUCUCGUUGCUUUACCGGACAGUGCGUGAUAUCAUUGUCCAUUGUUUGUUCAGUCCAUCUGAACAAAGGUUUGCAAAGACUGAUUUGGGUUUAUUAGUUGCAGUGGUGUAAGAAGGAAAGACCAUGGGCAAGAAAGGGUUAUCUUCAAAGGUCAAGAGGUCAUUAUUCGUUUCCGGGUUAUCGCUUUCAUUAUGCCUUACUGGUUUUCUGCUCUUCUACAAUGCUGAUCGCAAUCACCUGUUCCAGCCUGCUGAGCAUGACACGUACGAUCCCUUAACGUACAAGGUGUCUCUUCCCAGCGGUGACGAGUCGAAUACCGCUGCAACGCGUAACAAAGGAGAGGAUGAACAGUCACAUGUUCACCUCGAGAAUAUACUACCACUGGUCCGUCACGGCGACAUAUUGCAAAGGCUCAGCAGUGGACAAAAUGGCGGCUCGGUCUAUACGUUCUUCAACGAUGCGAUUAUCAGCAGGCUCUCGCCUCAGGAACAGGGAUACCAUAAGACCAUGCUGAGAAAGUUCAUUCAACUUUACCACUCGCUGGGGUUUAACGUUCAUAUACUGAACUAUAUGGACGCUGUUAUAAAUCCAAAUGCUACAAGACUUAUGUCUCAAAUGUCUAUCAAUGAGCAAGCUAAAGCAGUGAUUCUAUCAAUGUUGGCCUGGCAGGCCAAACUCCAGGAGAGUGGGGAUACUGAAGGAGGUUUAUACUCCGAUUAUGAAAUCUUCCCAAUGAGUAACGAGCAGUCAUUGAAUCAGCUCACAAGUACAAAGAUGAAUAGUCUAACUACACUGAAAGGGUAUGGAUAUAGGUUGAUGGUUAGUGACAUAACUGGUGUCGAUAAUUUCAUUGAAUCUUUGUUGGAGAACGACACGAUAGCUCCAAAGGUCUUUGAAAUUGACCAGUAUAACUCUGUGUUUGCAGAUUAUUCGAUAAACACGUGGAGAAAAUUGUUGAACACCGAUAACUUGAGGUUCUUAAUAGAUGAGAUCCCAAAGAUAUUGAACGCUCAUUUACACCGCUGGAGACUUGCACGGUAUGACACCGUCACAGUUGUUGAUACAAUCUCAAUAGGCAGUCAUUACUUUUCAAAACCGAUACUACUGGCUGUAAAGAGUCUGUUGAAAACCUCAGGACACGAACUUAUCUAUCCAAUACCCACAAUAUCCUUUGUCGAGAGAUUCGUGGUUGAGAUCAUGGAUGCUUUACCCUGGAGGACAUCCAUGGAUACCUCACAAUAUGACCAGGAGCGAUCCUUAAAACAAAUGCAAGAACUUUUAAAGCCAUUCAUCCAUGAUCAUCAAAAAAACUGGAACGUCGAAAUAGUUUCCUCUCUGGAUAUGAAUGACAAUGACAAGAAUUUGAAAUUGGUCUCCAUUCCACAUCCAUUAUCACUGGGUACUGCUAUUGAUCUCAAUACUAAGGGUAUGGUGACAAGUUCGCGUAUGUCAUCAAUGAAUCAACACGAUUUCUUCUCCCAACAUCUCGUCGAUUCCCAAAACGUUGAAGAUUUGAAGAGUUAUAUGGUUAAAGAUCACAGCACCAUUGUCUUCAACUCAGAAACACUCUCAACUAAGCAGUUUACUCACGCUAUAGCGCUCAAUUUGGGUUUCGAUAUAGACGGUGUUAGCGACGAAUGGGGCGUUGAAUAUCAGGAUAAGGCCAAGCCGCUUAACGAAGUGCUCAAGCAAGAGUUGACGAUUUCAGAGGGUGAUUUCAAAAUGAAGAUGGAGAUGGCCAGGAACUUGGUGACUCAUUACGAAUCGCCCAACAGCUACACUGAAACCCAGAGACAAAGCGAAGAAACAUUGAAAACCUAUAGAGAUAAGAUGAAGAACACCCCUAAUUCUUAUGGUAUUGCUGAUGACCUGGAGAGUAAACUUGACGAUUUAUCGUAUAGUGAAAUACGCCAUGAUCCUAUGGUGGACUUUGCCGAACUUUGGAAUCCCAAUGAUACUGAGCUUUGGUGGUUGGCCAAAAGUUUGAGAUACAUUGAUGAAGUUGUUGCAACUUCAUUAGCAAAUUGGUGAAUUUUCAUCUAUCACGCUUCAACUUUUUAAUGGCAUCAUCAAUCAACCCUGCGGAUUUGAGCAAUUCCUCGUCAGUAUACUUCAAGAAGCUCUCUUUCCAACCUAUCCACGUUUCCUGUGAACUCAACCGCUGGGAUACUUGCUCGCUAUCGAGUAUAUAUGCACUUUCUUGCCAGAUAAGAAAGUCCUAUUUUGUAUUUGUUAGUGUGAAUCUCUUUAUGCACUUUUCCCUCUUCCCUUUGCUACUAGAUGUAUAUUGAUGUGUCUAUCGUUACCCUGUUAAGCCCUUCAAAUUCCUGUGUAAUAUCUUCCAUUGUUUUGGAGUACUCGUUAAAGA